GUGUCUAUAAUAUAAAACGGAAGCCAGUCUAUUGCUGCCAGGAGCAUCGGCUUGGAUUAUUAAGCCGCAAAGGAAGAAUGUUAUGGCUAGUGAAAGACUGACUCCAAUUAAUAUCAUGGACGGCAUACAUUUGGAAACAACUUUUCAUCGUAACUCAGUGGAAUCCAUUGAUAUGAAGGAUGAGAAGGUGGAAGCCAUCAGUCAGAAUGAUUGCCAGGAUAUCGAUGAAGAAAUUAUUGAGGCUAUCCAUGGAGAGAGUACUGUCUUUAUAAAGACUGAAGAUACAGGUAAUGUAAAAGGUGAGAGCCAGUGUCUGAAGAAGUCAAAAGUCUGGGCAAAGAAGCAGUUGGUGAAUGUGACUUGGGCAUUGUCAUGUGUGAAGAUGUAGAUCCAUUAUCUAAGGAUUGUGAGAGCAAAUGCUCAUCAGAUGAUGUUCAUGAAGGGGAUGAAGAGGCAUCUAAAGAAGUGGAUGCAGUUAAGAAACAUUUCCUAUGUGAUGUAUGUGGUAUGAAAU